AUCGCAUAGGGUUUUUCGCACACGCAGCAUUGAUCCACCAUCCGUAAAUCAAAUUUUUGUAGAGUGGUGCGGCGGAGUGUGCGACGUUUGAAAAUUCAAAUUCUUCGAGACGCUCAACGGCACUCGAAGAAACGUUUACCUCCCGAAGAAUGUCCGGCGAUGUGCAGCCAAGAAAGCGGAGAAAACGGCGGAAAAAAGAUGAUGAAGAUACUGGCACCCCACCGCCUACUUUGAUUAGUCCAGCCGAUACGUCUACCGAAAAUGUUACUAUUCAUAUUUAUAAAGAAAGCAGCACGGGUGGACAUUGGUGUGCGCGAAUUAUAUUUUUUGUUUUACUGGCGGCUCUCGUUGGAUUGAUUGGUUUAAUAAUCUUCGAACACAGAGGGACUACAGAUGUUGAUAUACCAGUAGCGUCAUCGCAGUGGGCGAGUAUAUUUGAAGGCUGGGUAGAUGAUACAUCGCCUGAUCACGACGAUGCAUCGCACGACCAGGAAGAAGCAGCAGAAGAGGAGGAAUCGAAGGAUGAAGAAGGCCACGACGAGGAAGAAUCGACAGAAGUUGAGAAAGAAGAAAGAGAAGAAGAAAAAAGUAUAGAACAAAGUGCUGAAGAGGAUGAAGGAAUUGGCGAAGAAGAAGACGAAGAGAUAGAAGAAACAGAAGAAGACGAUGAAGAGGGACAGCAAGAAGAAGAAGAGGAAGAGGAGGAACAAGAAGAGGAAGAGGGACAAGAAAAUAGUGCAGAAGUCGAAGAGGCAGAUGAAGGUGGAAGUCAAGAGGAUCAAGAAGAAGAUGAAGGUAUUGAUGAAGGAGAAGAUGAUGAUGGCCAAGAUACCGGUAUAUUGGAAGAAAUUGAUGAAACAAAUGGAGAUGAAGAUGACGAAGAAAGUAAUAUACCGGAUGAUUUCGAUGUGGAGCUCGAUGAUGAUACAGAAAUAACCGAUAAUUCCGAGGAAGAGAAAAAUGACGUAUCUGAGGAGUUCACAGGUAUACCUGGCGUUAACGAGAUGGACGAUAGCGCUGAACCUCUAGAAGAGAUAGAAGGCGAAGAAUCUGAAGAAGACAUAAACGAUGCAGAUAAUGAGCCCGAAGAAGAGGAGAUUGAAGAAGAAUCCACUAGCGUGGCUGUGAAAUUCGGGAUUGGCGUUGCACUUGUCGUUGCUGCGCAUUUUGUUCUCGUUAGACGAUGGAACAAUGUUGACACGCCUGAUCUAUCAAGACGUAAUACAAUAGUUCCGCCCCCUCAUAUUAAGCAAGUAAUUAAAUCAGCUGAGAAAGCAGGGAGCAAAGCAUCUGUAGAAGCACAAGUAAAAACUUAUGAAGACUUGAAAUCUAAAUACAAUAAAUUGCGAGAAGAAAAUGUUUCCUUGACCGACGUAAAGAAACUAACUCCACAAGAUAAAGCAGCACAAGUAAAAUCAACUCGAAACACAGCUAAAGAAGAAAUCGAUACUAGUCGGGAUCAAUCAAAAGUAAUAUCAUCUGAGGAAGAGGAAGAAGAUUAUGAAUUAAAAACAUCAGCAGGCGAGCGUGUUUCCAGGGUGGAAGAGUGCAAUAAAAAGCAAGUAGAAGAAGAUGAAGGUAAGGAAGAAGAAGAGGAAGAGGAAGAGGAGGAAGAAGAAGAAGAGGAGGAAGAAGAUGAGGAAAUCGAGAAUGUUGAUGAUUCAGAAUUAAUAGCUAAGCUUGAAGCAAAAUAUGGAAAAUUACCCACCCCACAAGACAGUGAAGCUGAGGAGGAAGAAGAAGAGGAGGAGGAAGAGGAGGAGGAGGAGGAAGAAGAGGAAGAAGAAGAGGAGGAAGAUGAAAUUCCACAGUGGAAACGUGUUAAAGCAGUUAAGGACUUACAUGUGGAAUCUCAAGCAAAAAGACCUAUUCAACAGACAAAAAUAGAAACGAAGCAAUCAGACAGCAGUCAAUCCAAUAGUGAUAAGGCUUUAAAUAAUAUAUCAAAUAUAGAUGACAUAAUUGUCUAUGAAGAAAAUGAUUCUGUAGAACUUCAAAUUGAUAAAGAAUUUUACAAUUAAGAUAACGUGUUAUAGUAAGUCAAUUUUGAUAAACACUUCUCUUCUCAAACUAAACUGUUACCACUUCUCAACAAAUAAUGUUAUAUUUGUAUUGCAAAUUAUUAACGUGAUGUGUGAUUUGUAGUUAAAAAAAUUAGAAUAUGAUAUGAGAGAAUCAUUCUUCCUUUAUUCUUCAUUUUUAAUUUAUUAUUUAAUUGUUUUCCGUUUGUUGCGCACAAUGUAACAGUUCGAAAUAUCUCGAUUUUGUUAAGGCUCAAUUAAUAAUAUACAUAUACCAAAAAAUGAAAUGUGCCAAAGACAUUCGACAUUUAUAAGAAUGACUGAUAUAGCAUGCAUUAAAAUGAAUUUAAUUUAUCAUCAUAUCUCGCAACUGUUUAAAAGUUAAUAAACUAUGAUAAAACAUA